CUCCAGAAUGCCCGCCCUGGGGUGUGGGAAACUGUAGGGACGUCCCUAAAUUUGCAUAGCCCCCGGGACGUGGCGCCGCACACACGAGCCACUUCCGAGUUGGAGGGAACUCCAAGUCCCAGGAUGCCAUGAGGCUCUCUUGCAUCACUUCCGUUGUGUUGGAAACCGAGCGGACUAGAAACUGGGAGGUGGCUGUUUAGAGUGACCGCUGGGUCCUCGGCCCUGCAUCCUGGAGUAGAGUGACUAAGAUAUCCCAAAUGGAUCCUGGUGGUCAGGACUUGCUAGCUUUGGAUCCUGGUGACCAGGACCUGCUGGGCUUCCUGCUAGAGGAAAGCGGAGAUUUGUGGGCUGCGAACGAGCAGAACGUGGAGGCUCCGCUGGACUUGGAGCUGUCGCCUUCCGAGAACUCCGUGCAAGAACUGAGCGACUGGGAGGUAGAGGAUUUACUGAGCUCUCUGCUCAGUCCCUCGGCAUCGCUGGAUGUUCUCAGCUCCUCCAGCUCUUCUAUUCGCCAUGAUCACAACUAUUCCCUCCCACAGGAACAUGUCUCCAUAGAUCUAGAUAUUGGGAGCUUCGAAAAGGAGGGGUUCCGCGUGACUCCAUUGCGUGUGGAGGAAACAGUAGCAGAGCAGGAGAUGUCUAGGCUGAUGCUGACUGAGGAAGAGAAGAGGCUCUUGGAGAAGGAGGGGCUUACCCUGCCCUCAACUCUUCCCCUCACUAAGGUGGAGGAACAGGUUCUCAAACGAGUGCGGAGAAAGAUUCGAAACAAGAGAGCCGCUCAAGAAAGCCGAAAGAAGAAGAAGGUGUAUGUAGGAGGGCUAGAGAGCAGGGUCUUGAAAUACACAGCCCAGAAUCAGGAGCUGCAGAACAAAGUACAGCUUCUAGAGGAACAGAAUCUGUCCCUUCUAGAGCAACUGAGGAGACUUCAGGCCUUGGUUAUUGAGAUAGCCAACAAAACCAGCAGUGGCAGCACCUGUGUCCUGGUCCUUCUCUUUUCUUUCUGUCUUCUUCUUGUUCCUGCCAUGUACUCCUCGGACACAAGGGGGAGUGUGCCCGCUGAGUAUGUCGUGUUGCACCGUCAGCUCCGUGCCCUCCCCAGUGAGGACCGCCAUCAGAUGAAGCUGCCUGCCCAGCGGUCAAAGUUACCGAGGGACAGCACAACCCAGCUGCUGGGUAGCUCCGAACAUAGGCUCCAGGCCUCCAGCAACUUUUCCUGCCUACUCUACCACGUGCCUCAGGAAGAGCCACCCCAGCACUGGCCACUCCUUGACCGUUCCUCAGAGACCCCCUUCUCAGGCCCCAGCCCUCCCCUGCAGACAAAUCUUUCAAAGAAACAGGGGUGGCUGCCUACCCACAGCCCUUCUUCUGUCGUCUUGCAGGGCAGGUAUUCAGGUUAGAGGUGAGAGUAUCCUCAGCCUGAGGAUUCCUGUCCGUAUUCAAAUAAAAAGGAAUAGGGGAAAGAAAAGCUGGCCUUUGCUGUUGUGCCCUAUUAGGAUGCCUGGGAGCUCAAACACACCACACUUACUAGUUUUAGGGAUCUUUUAUUUAUACCCAUGUGUAUCUGUUGUUCCAUGAAUAGACUUGGAGAGAUUUA